GUACCUCAGUGAGCAUGGCACCAGUCACACGAUCUGUAUCGAAAAAACACCGACUAACACCAUCUGUCACAGCACCAAAGGCUCGGAAAAGUAACUUUUCACCUCAUAAAUCUCCAACAGCCCGACGAAACAUUUCUAAAAGGGACAAGAUAGUAAUCGCUUUGCAUACCAUCCCGUCGCCAAAUGCAAGCCCGCCGGAAAAUAUUCCAGAACUUGAAGAUUCAAGGGGCACAGUUAUUUAAUGGUGCUCUAUCGAAGGCUCCAAAUACCAGGAUAGCGAGAAAAUCAUGGUUUGGAUCGAAACCCCACGUAGAAUUCGUCAGCUACCAGGCUGCUCGAGAGUUGUACAGCAAAACCUCACGGAUUUUCCUCUUAUAUUCGCUAUUGGUGAGAUACACGUCCAUAUAGAAGAUAACUAUCAAGAUCAUCCACAAGGCUAAUCGUUUUGCAGAAUGGAAAAAUGGGAAAGCUAGGAGGCAGUUUCUUGAGUCUGGAGCAUCUUCGCACUUUGCUCAAGCUUUCGAAAAAGCUCAAGUACAAAGACUAUUUCUAAUGAGGCCGCCGUACUCUCACGCGCCUCCAAGUUUGAUAAAUCACUCGAUUCUUGGAGAAGUUGUCACUGCGUACUUUCCUACAGGUUUAUCGCAAGCGCUAUUGAGGCGUUGAGUAUGGUCAUGCCACGCACUAUUGGAUAUGGUACGCCUAAGUCUGGACCUCAAAGAAUGCAUCCACUGGAAUAUCCCUUUGAGGGUUAUUAGGCGGAACCUCUGGUUGGGCAGAUGGAACCGUACAGCAUCAAAAACAGCCUGCACGACGCUUGAUUUACAUUUUUAAGUGGUUAGAUGAAUUGGCUCAGCAGCGUUUCAGGCCAGAAGUAACCAUCAAGCGGCCAGGGCGGACUGCUGCUAACGCUAUGGAAGCUUGUGGCUGA